CCCCGCUCACACCUCCGCUAUCAAAUAUGGAUCGCUUCCAACUCUCCUGCACUAUUCACUUCAUGCCUCGAUCACUUGGACUGAAACUUGGCCGAUGGACGCUGUAUCUUAAGACUCUAAUCAACCAAGAGACCGUAAUCAACCAAGAUACCGUUGUACUGUGCCCAGUGUCAACAGCUUGAGAGGGCAUCACGGCGUUUUCGGAUCUCUUCCACACCACAGCAUGUCCCAGCGCUCACAACUUCACGAAGCAGCCCAUGCUCGGACCCAGAGUGGAAGU